UGUUUUUAUUCGGAGAGUCAGCACUCUGUCAAUAUUGAGUGAUAAGAGAGAGAGAGCGGCCAUGUGGUCGCGCAUUGACUUCGCUUUUUUACAUUCCGUGGGCGCUUGGGGAUUUACGUAAUGUUUUAUUAUGUGGGCUUAUAGGGUUGUGUUGGGACACUUGUUGAAUGUGAGUAGGUUUGGAUACUCCAAUAGAAAACCAGGCGCAACAGUAACCUAUGCAUUUUGUAGAAUAAUAAAGUCAGACAUUUUUUAAUCUAGCCUAUAGGCUCUCAUAUCACGCAUGCACAAACUAGAUGCAAACGCUGGAGGAACGUAUCUUUUGGACAGAAUGCGUUGGAUCUCAAUCAUCUCGAGGACAAUGAUUCUCUCUCUACAUUCUACAAUAUACAUGGAAGAUAUGGUGAUUGAACAUUUUUAGAAACUGUACAGACUCAGUGCUGGAAAUGUUUAUUGAGGGAAUAAUCGAAAUGUAAACGCACGUUUUUUUGGAAGGGGAAAAGAACCCAACGUUGCCUACAUUUGAAACCUUCCAUACACUUCCUAUUUUAUCUGUGUGCACCUCCUCCCCACGCUACACCUGCUGUUGGAUUGAUUCUACGCCACAGCCAGAGAGGCGAGAGCUAAACCACAGUGAGCACCACUCCCACCUGUAAGAGUUUCUCCGCCCUGGGGGCUUGAAGAUGAAGAAGCAAAAUGUGCGGACCCUGUCUCUUAUCCUCUGCAUGUUCUCCUACCUGCUGGUGGGCGCUGCGGUGUUCGACGCACUGGAAUCCGAGACGGAGAGCUCCCGCCGACGCAUCCUUGAGCUGAAGCGCACUGAGAUGAAGAAGAAGUACCGCUUCUCCGAGGACGACUACCGGGAGAUCGAGCGGGUGAUGCUGCAAGCGGAUCCCCACCGCGCCGGGAGACAGUGGAAAUUCGCCGGGUCUUUUUACUUUGCCAUCACGGUCAUCACCACCAUUGGCUAUGGCCAUGCAGCUCCAGGCACAGAUUCAGGGAAGGUCUUUUGCAUGUUCUAUGCCGUGUUGGGCAUCCCACUCACCCUGGUCAUGUUCCAGAGCCUGGGCGAGAGGAUGAACACGUUUGUCUGCUAUCUCCUGCGCAGGGUCAAGCAGUGCCUAGGGUUACGAAGGACUGAGGUGUCCAUGGAGAACAUGGUCUUGGUGGGCUUCCUGUCCUGCAUCGGCACCCUGUGUGUUGGGGCAGCAGCCUUCUCCCACUAUGAGGCCUGGACCUUCUUCCAUGCCUACUACUACUGCUUUAUCACGCUCACCACCAUUGGGUUUGGGGACUUUGUGGCCCUGCAGAAGAAGGAGGACCUCCAGGAGAAGACACCCUAUGUGGCCUUCAGCUUCAUGUACAUCCUGGUUGGACUGACAGUGAUAGGAGCCUUCCUCAACCUGGUAGUGCUGCGCUUCCUCACCAUGAACACAGAGGACGAGAAGAGGGACGCCCAGGAGAGGGCCUCCAUCAAGAGGGAGAGGGGCCUGCUGACCAUGGGGCUCCAUGGAGGAGGAGGAGGACCAGGGAAAGGCAGAGGAGUGCUUAGGGUCAGGGAGAGGGACAGGAUGGGGCAGAGCCGCAGUCACAUCAAUCUUUCCCUGCCCAUGGAGGAGGGCACUAGCCGCACGAACCUCAUCUCCUCCCCAGCAGAGGAGCAGGAGGAUAGGGACAGGGCCAGGGGUGCCCCCUGCAGGCAGAGGCUGCAUUUACAGCUGCAUGGCACUGGCAGACGAAGGCCAGAGUCUCCCCUGGGCUCCUUGUGUUCCUGUAUGUGCUACCGUCUGGAGGUGUGUGAGAGCCCCCUGCCUUCCCACAGGGAGCACCCUGGGUGCAACAUUAACUCGGUCUACAGCAACUCCAUCUCUUACAGGAUCCAGAGCUGGAGCCCCAGAGACAACACAGGACUCUCGUCCCCAGGGAGCACACUCUCGCUUGGGCACUUCAGGGAGUACCCCUGCUGCCGGAGGAAGUCAGUGUAGCACCACAUGGGACAGAAUCUUUGUUUGUAACGGUUGGAUUAAUAAAGUAUUUUAUACAUAUUUUUAAAACACUACAUAGGCAAGGUUUUGUAGUACACUGCAGAUGCACACACUCCAUUAUAAAUAAAUUGGUGUAAAGUAUUGGCAGAGGCAAGAUAAUCUGUUUUAUAACAGGAAUUUUAGAACCUAUUUUCCCUAAUGAAAUGAUUACAAUGCUGUAUUUAUACAGGAUGAAUUUAAGUUGUUUUUGCGUUAUAGCCGCUGGAGAUGUAUCUUGUGAAUCAAUUCACUUAUUAUUGUAAUACUCUAUGAGUUGUUUGUUUUUUCCCCAAUAUUUUUUUCCUCCUAGAUAGUUUAUUAUUAUUAUCUGCAUUAUAGAUUUUUUUUUUGCAUGCAAAUAAGAGUGGAGAUGCAUGAUUGAGAUGAUACACAUGGCAUGAAAAUUAUAUUAACAAAAAUGUAAUGAUGCAAAUGACUAUCACUAUAGAUA